AUGAUUGCUCAGAUAUAUGUGGAUGACAUAGUGUUUGGAGGAAUGUCAGAUACAAUGGUAAAAUACUUUAUUGGUCAAAUGCAGACUGAAUUUGAAAUGAGUAUGGUUGGGGAACUGACUUACUUUCUUUGUCUUCAAAUCAAGCAAAUGGAAGACUCCACAUUCCAGUCUCAAAGCAAAUAUGCCAAGAAUAUAGUAAAGAAAUUUUGUAUGGACAAUGCGAGUCACAAAAGAACUCCUGCACCAAUUCAUCAAAAACUAUCUAAAGAUGAAGGAGGCAUAAGUGUUGACCAGAGUCUGUACAGAAGCAUGAUUGGUAGCCUGUUAUAUCUGACAGCCAGCAUACCAGAUGUUACAUUUGCAGUUGGAGUGUGUGCCAGAUAUCAAGCAGAGCCGAAGGAAAUUCACUUAAAUCUAGUCAAGAGAAUUCUUAAUUAUGUAAAUGGGACUUCACACUAUCGCAUACUGUACACCAACGGAAGUAACCCUGUCUUGACUGGAUAUUGUGGUGUUGACUGGGCUGGAAGUACUGAUGACAGAAAAAGCACAUCUCGAGAAUGUUUCUUUCUAGGUAGCAACCUUAUAUCGUGGUUCAGCAAGAAACAAAAUUAUGUCUCAUUAUCUACUGCUAAAGCAGAGUACAUAGCAGCUGGUAGCAGUUGUUCACAAUUGGUUUGGAUGAAACAACUGAUGACUGAGUACAAUGUUCCUUAG